AUGGCUGAAAAUUUGGGAAAACGUCCUUCUAAAGGAAUUCUGAAGACAUCUAGUAGUUUUGAAAGCCACGAGGCUCCUCCAAAACCUAAAAAGCAAACUAAUUGGGAUGAAAUGAAUGUCCUUGCGACGUUACAUCCUCCAGAAAAAGAUUACGGGCAUAUGAAAAUAGAGGAGCCGAAAACACCUUACAAUUAUGAGGGAUACGGAAAUAGCCAUGAGGAUGAUGAACUCGAUUCUUCAGCAGUCAGUGAAAAGUUAUCGAGAAAUAGUCAGCCGAGAAUAUUUCAACAAUUAGACGACGAGGAAGAGGAUGAGCUAGACACACCUGAAAAAAUAGAAAAGCGAAAAGCCUUCUUAGCAAAACGGAAAGGCCAUUACAGAGAAUGGGACGCAGUAACGUUGGCGCGUAGUAAACAAUUGUUAGAAGAGGACGAGGACGAAGAUGAGGAAAAUAAAGACAAUAAUGAUCCUCACAAUUCUGAUCAAGAAGAUCAUCCAGUAGCUGAUAACAAUGAAUCGGAGCCUAGUGCUGACUCAAAUACUGCUACCAAGUGCGUGUCAUUAUCUUGUGAUAGUGAAAAUAAGUCAGAAUUGAACUCUCCGGAGUAA